AUGUCGAUUUGGUCAAUAUCCUUGGUUGAAAGUCUCACCCGGUCAAGUUCUGCCACUGCUUACCUGAAGCUGUCCAGCUUGUCUACCAGGGCUGUCUUCCAGCCUCACCUCAACUGCCCCGCACCGCCUUUUCCAUUCGAUUAUUACAACUUCAUCAUGACUUGUGGCUUACAUUGCCAAAAGAAAGUCAAGACUAGGAUGCUACUUCAGGAAGGGCUUCAAAUGAAGGCAUCCGACAAAUGGGCUAGUCGAUGUCCUAGGUGCUUUGGUCCGGCGCAGGGUAAACAUAAGGGGUCAACAAAGGAGCCUGAUGUCAUAAUUUGGAUGGACGGCAACUUCCAACAUCGACACAACAUCCUUGCUAGUAGGGAAAAUCCUCCAGAAACGCAGUACCCGUCAAUAUUUGUACCGCCUUCUCAAAUAGCUCAACUCAGCUUGACUGCUCAACCUGUACCUGCUGUUGCUGUUGAGGAUCCGUGUUCUGAAGCGCACAAGGCCGCCGACGACACAAGAGGCAAGUCAACAUGGGACCAAUGUGAUGAUACUGGGCUUUUUGCAGCCGCAUGUCGCCAUGAUGUUCCAUUGGCCAUGGCUAACAUCUAUCAAAGCGGCGAAAACGUGUUGAAACGGAUCCUGCACGACUUUCCGGACGAUACCUUUGGUGUCUUGUAUGACAUUGGUUGUCAUCUUGACAAACACAUCAAAUUGGGACACCAUGAAUUUAUUUUCCAAGCUGACUAUGUCCGCUGA